AUGCUCGGAUGGAAUUUCUGUGCUCUUCUGUCUGGGACGUUCCUCAUCAGCCAAGCUUUCCCGCACACCAACAUCAAAAUCAGUCAAGCUCUGAGCGAGCCGAUCCUGUCCUACUCUUGUCCUAUCUUCUGGACCGAAUAUGAGGGAUCUUGUUACAGAUACUUCCCCAUCAACAAGACGUGGGCAGAGGCUGACUUGUAUUGCGCAGAAUUUUCCAUUGGGCUAAAAUCGGCCAAAUUGGUGUCCAUUCACAGCUGGGAAGAAAAUGUAUUUGCAUAUGAUCUGGUCAACAGCAGAGUGCCCGGCAUCCCCACGGAUAUCUGGAUAGGACUGAGUGAUCUGCGGCAGGAGAGCAGCUUUGAAUGGACCGAUGGCUCCCCGUAUGACUAUACCUACUGGGAUGGCAAUCAGCCGGAUGACGGGAUUCACUCCAGACCAGAAGAUGAAGAUUGCGUGCAGAUCUGGUACAGAUACAGCAGUGCUUUAAGGUCUUGGAAUGACAACAGCUGCAACAGAGAGUUUCCAUUUGUGUGUAAGAUCCCAUCCCUGGCAGCCGAUUAGCUCUCUCCCUCCCCGGCAGAACUGCAGAGGCAACCAAACUUCUGUGUCGAGAGCACUGAGUGUCACGGACUCACACCUUGUCCGUUGGGCAUCCUUCCUGCACCAUUCGUCUAAUAAAUGCUGUUCUGUUUGGGACUCACUGAA